AUGACAUGGGAGCCCUUGUCCUUGAUCACGCUCUUGGUCACCUUCCUCACGCUUGGCUUGUGUCGUAGAUACCUGUCCGGCUCGAGAACCCUACUCUACGCUAUCGUCACCGCCCUUCUUCUGCGUCUCGAUGGCCGCGCCGUAAUGUAUCGCAUUUAUUUUUUUGCUCACGAUGCUGUCAUCAAUGCCUCGCCGGUUGCGCGCUUCAAGAUGGGGCUGACUCUGGGGGCUGUCAUCUGGCUACGCACCUUUGGUAAAGAUGGUCGACCUCAAUUGGGAAACUCUCGAUUGCCUACCAGUUUCGUGGAUCCUGGCCUCUCACGUGCGAACACCGACGAUACCGACGAUUCCGAUGGGCCUGGAUUCCCCUACCCGACCGUCGAGGCUACGCCCGUGAAUGAUGGAGUCACGGGCUCUUCCAGAGAUCUUGCAGCAGGAGUUUCUGGCCAGCGGCGAAACACCCUUAACAGACGACAUUCUCCGUCAGUAGCAAGCACAGACCAGGCACAAGUCAAGCCUACAGCAUUGAACGAGCCGGAAAUGUCACUGGCCGAGCUGAAUGAGAAGUUUGAAGCUAUUCGAAAGGAAAUAGACGAUAUUGUCCAAUUGACCGCCAAGGAACAGGCCGAAGCGCUGCAACAAGAAGAUGAACUGAAAAGGGAGAGGGACAGGAAGAGACAAGCUCUCAAGGAGAAGGAGGAGUGCACCACUCAGCUUAAAGCCAUGAUGCGGACGACCAUGGAGCAAAUGAGAACCGCAGAAAAGGAGCGAGCGAAGAUGGAGCAACAGUUGAAAGAAAAGGAAACGAAAAAAUCAAAAAUCAAGGACAGCAUUUCCAAGUUCGAAAAAGAAGUGGAGAGAAUGAGGAAGGAGCGCGAAGGGUUUGAAACGCAGAAAAAGGAGUUAAAAGAAAAACGGGAUCAUGAUGUCAAAGGUCUCGAUGCCCAAGUGGCGUCACUACAGGAAAAGUGCGCCGGGCUCGAGGCCGAGCUCGCUCAAAAGGGCAAACAGCUGCAGGAUCUCAAAGCAACCCGAGAGCAGCUUCCCGACGCCAACGACGAGCAAUGGAAAGAGGAGGAUCAGCGGCUCAGGAGGGAGUGGGAGAUGAAGAGGCGAGAUAUACUUAACCGUCUUGAUGCCGAGACUAAGCUUGGGCACACUCUAGACCAGCAAAUUCAGGCCCUUGCCGACCAGCUGGCUUUUCAGCAACAACAGGCUGGUCUGAAUUUCUAUACUCAAUCACCGCCCACGGCGAUGGAUUACGACCCAGCUAUGGCAUCUCAAGGUGCGAAGCGCCUGAGCUUUCCGGGACCUGGCUUGGGUGGUACCCCAGUAUCAUCACCUCCUUUGGCUCACGCUGAACCACAUCUUCAAGGCAAUGCAUCGUUUGGUGCUCCCACAUUUGGACCUGGCCUUUUUAUGGACAUGUCGGGGAACAAUCAUAUCGAGGCGCAAUCAGAAGCCGAGCUCAAGGCUGCUACUGGUCCGCUGAGUCCGUCCGCCCAGACUCUUCUGCCGUCAAACAUCUUUGACGACGCCGAGGAGUCUGAGGAUGUUAAGGAAUCUCACAAUCCGAUUCUGCCUCAAUCUAUCGUGGUCGAAGAGGAGGGCCCGCAAUCACCAGUCUCCCCUGCACCGUCUUUUCAUGUCUUCUCAAGUCCCCACGGAUCCGCGAAUAAUUUACCCUACCAUCAAUACGCGGACUCGGGUGAUCGAAUUUCAUUAAAUAUGCCUCAAUCACCUCCCGCGCGCCCACCCGCUAGCAGCCACCGAUUCUCAACCUUCUUUUCGCUUGCUCGCGGUAGUAAGGCCCCAAAGACGUCUGACGAAGAAGGGCCCCCAAUUGGCAGUCUCAAGAUAGGCCAGAGUCAAUCGUUUCCCCGCGGCACGGAGGAAGGCGAGAACUUGGAAUUUCGCCGGAGGCUGUGGCCCUGGGGCAUCAGCAACAACAACAGAAAUUCUACUACCCAAGAUAGUGCAUCGGGAAGCUUAAACUACUUCUCUGCACGUCGGGUCAAUUCCUUGAAGGGGUCUCGAAUUUCCGCCAUCUCGGACCGAGAACCAGACCUUUCUAGGCCGCCUUCCAUUACUUCCGUCGAUCGUCCUCGCCCUUCUACUGACAGCGCAUCCAUUUGGGGAGCCCCUGGAGACGCAGCCAUCAGCUUGAAGAACAGUCGGUUUUGGUCGCCGAGUCGAGGCGGGUCAAGAAGGCCGUCAUUGCACGGUUCAACUACUGCUCUCACGACCACCUUAGCGUCUGCAGACGACGAGAUCUUGGAGGAGAGUGACCUGCGAGAUCCCCACACAUCGCCUAGCCAAGUUGGUGUAAUCGGAUCCCGUCCACCAGCAGCAUCGUCCAAGUCUCUCAUGAGCCAGCGUUUGAACCCCACAGCUCCCACAUUCAUGGGCAACAUCUUCCGUAAGGAUAAGGACAAGGACGGAGGCAAAGACAAGCCCAGGGAAGACAAGGGAAAAGGCAAAGAGCUCACAACACUAGUCACUGACUUCCCCGAGAGUCACGAUGACUCGCCCUCCGAUUCUCGGAUUUCCAGGGACGCAUACUCUCUUCACACGGGCACGUCGGUCUCGGAGUCUCACGAAUCGUUGCAACUAGACCUGACGCAGUCCAACACACCUUCAGAUAUGAACUCUGUGUCAACAUCAAAUGCGAAAGAUUCGGAUAAUGUAGUUCGGAAAUUGUUCCGCAAAGGUAGCUCUAGCAAGUUCAGUCUCUCCUCUAGGCUUGGCAAAGAGUCUGGGCUUUUUAAGAAAGGCCCGGGAAGCAUCUCCAACUCGGACAGGAAUGCAGCCGCCGAACAUCGGAUGAGCAUUGGCAAUGUAGAUGACCUUGGCGAAGACGGCACGCCCUUUGGGCGCAGUUAUGACAGCAUGACCAGCAGCCCAUCUCUUGGUCCAUCAAAGUCGAAAGACGGCAAGGAAGGACGAAUGAGCUCCUGGCGCUUCUCUAUGCGUAAGAAGGGUAAGGACGCCCCGGCUAAGGACAAAGAGAGCUUGGAACCAGAACGGGCCCCCGAAGAGGACUGGCGAUAG